UUUUGUUGUAUUCAUUCCGUCAGCGCGCUUAGUUGUCGUCGCGGAAUCUAUCUGGCCGCACACACCAGACGCAGCCCGGGAAUAGAGACUUUUGUUUGUUGUUUUCGUUCAUUCGUUCGUUCGAUCCCUCCCACCGGGUGCAUAAAAUGGCCCUAAACAUUAACGACGGUUCACUGUCACCUACCGUCGAACAGGGUGCCGCCGGGCUGCCACUGCCCGAGGUAAUACCGAACGUGAAUGUGUACCAGCAGAAGAAAACGCUAGCCCAGGGCAUGAUGGACCUGGCGCUGCUGUCCGCCAAUGCGAACCAGCUUCGGUACGUGCUGGAAACGUACGAGCGUCAUCCGUACUACAUCUUCAGCCUAAUCUUUAUCUCCGUCAGCCUGCUGGUACAGGUAGCGGUCGGCGUCGGCCUGAUCAUGAACAGCCGGUACGACGUGAACGAUCGGAAAGAGAUAUGCAAGGCAAACAAGAUCAACGACCUCAUCACGAUCGGCAUCUUUGUUAUAACGCUGGUCAAUGUGAUGAUUUCCGCGUUUGGGGUGGCGCCGCGUAAAGCGUGAGUGUUAAAGUGCGAGUGUGUGUGUCAGAAACUGGCUAGAGUGCAAAUUGAAAUUACGUUGUACCGAAGAAGUGCAAAAGCGUAAAAUGCGCCAAAAUGUGUGAAAGGUUGAGCAAAUAAGAGAGAGAGAGAUGGAGCAGAGAGAGAGAGAGAGAGAGAGAGAGAGAGAGAGAG